UUCGGAUGAAGGGAAUGGGAGAGGAGGGGAGGGGGGGGGAGAGGAGAUUUUAAUCACUCCUGUCGCUUUAAGGACACUUAUCAAAGCCUUCUUAUGCGAAUAGAAAAUACCAUGAGCCACUGAGCAGCCAAGUGACGGACUGGAGUGGAUUUAUGGGAAACUCAACAUUAUCUGAACUGGAAUAGACCGCUUCAUCGCCUCAUGGAGUUUGAUCACACACUGGAUGGUUGUCUUACUCGGACGGUUCGGAUCAUUUAGGAAAUAUUGCGCAUAAGUAGCUCUCAGACUUGGGAUCAUUUUGCCCCUGAAGCGCAGAGAGGAAUAUGGCUUAAAACUCAAACGCGUUACGGGAUUAUUCACUCAUCCGACAACCACGAUCGAUACGUAACGUUACUAGUUCGCCAGGCGUUUUUGUUUCGGACGGAUAGUAUCCCGAGCUCUUUAUUUGACAGUCUUGGAUCAUGGAUUGGGGUGGUGAAAAACAACAACGGGCAGCGACAUGAUUUCUCUGCGCUGUCUGCGGCAUGCAGCGAGGUUCGGCUGUAACGCUGCUUGUUAUUAUUCUGAUGCAACAAAAGUUACAAAGCGAGAGUGAUGCGUGGAUUUUAACUAUUUCGCCGUUUUGCACCUGCUUUCACGGAUACCGCGUCGACAUAGUGCAGAUUCGUGACAAAAUAACGCGUGGAUCCGCGUCUCUUUGCUCCUUCUCUACCGCCUGAGUGGGAUACUUGAACAUUUUGCUUAUCGUAAUGGAGAUUGGGGAGGUUUAUACUCAAGGUCAUUGUGUGUUAUAAGGCUUUAUUUGCGUUGUUAUUUACACACACACACACACACACACACACACACACACACACACCGCGCUACCUUCACGUUAUAGCGCAGCCUACGAUCCUCAGUCCGGUGUGUGUUAUUUGUUAUUACGCGGUGCAGCGAGCGUUCAGCAGAGCACCGACUGUGGAGUUUUAUAUUUAUAUUUCUGUUUGGUUUUUUUUUGACACUGCGAAGCUUACACUAACAACAUGGAUGGGAAAUUGAAGCAGGGUCGGAGAUGCCGAUCCAAGCGGGAUAGGGUGCGGAGGUUGCGGGAGACAGGAAGCAGAGACGCCCGCAGCCCCGACCCCAACUCCUCCUGCUCCGACAGGGAGGGACACAGUCCGGGGAGGGACGCCGCCUCCCUGCCCGGUAAAAAGGCGCCGCACCCCGCAGCCGCCGCCAGAGCUCCACGUCCCCCCCGGCGGAAGAGACGGGAGUCCAGCUCGCAGGAGGAGGAUAUCAUUGAUGGAUUUGCUAUCACCAGUUUCAUCAGCCUGGACCGUCUGGAGAAGAAGACCGGAGUUGUGAAGACGCAGGAGAAGAAGGAGCGGUGGAAGGAGAAAAAGGAGGUGAAGCGGCAGAAGAAGGAAGACGAGGAGGUGGAGGAGGAAGAGGAGAAUGUCCAGCCAGUGGUGGAUCCCCUGGAGAACGGCUUCCUUCAUCACGCCCAGCGGGAGCAGGAGAGGAUGAACGAGAGGCUGCUGAAGAAGACGUACUCCAAGAAGAACAAAAUGAUUAAACCCUUAGCCCUACGUCCGGUCAAAGUCAGCGAGGACGAGACAGUGCAGGAGCUCAGCCGACCGCACAGGAGCAACUCCAAGGAGCAGCUUAGCGAGAGUUCCACUCACUCGCUGUCAGGCCGUGGCUACUCGGUGCAGCCAGCAGCAGUGGCCCUCCUCAAGUGUGACAGCGAGAGUGACAUUGACGACAAGGUGUCUGAUGUAGGAUCAGAGAAGCUCUUUUCCCCUACCACACCCAAAGGUGUGCCAACGAAUGAGAGUCCAGAGUCUAAGACUUGUAGCUCAGCCAAAGUAUCAGGGCUCCAGCGCAGCCAGGAGCAGAGCAACAGUGAGGUGCCCUUCACACCUCCCGUGCCUAGCCCCACCCCGGCUUCUGCGCCGACGGGCUCCCCUGCCCCCGCUGCAGCGGCGGCCCCCCUCGAGCCCCCUAGGUCGCGCCUCCCCACACCGCCUCCUCUCAGUGUCAAAAAGGAGCAGCAUCCUCCACCCCCUGUCCCUACCCCUCCCCUGUUGAGGCCACCACCCCACCCCCAGCCCCACCCUCCUCACCCACACUCGCACCAGGAGCCCCGUGUUCUUCCUCCCCCACAGCACCACGCAAGGCCAGUAAUCAGCCACCAGGUGCAUCACCCACUGUACAACAGCCUCCACGACAUCAGCCACAGCAGCAGUCCAGUGGGGCUUCCCAAACAGCAUUUGCCCCCAUCCCCUCACCACCACCUCAGCGGGCUCCCAUCCUCAGCCCCUGCCUUACCUCUGUCCAUAGCAAAUCUCUCUACCUCGCACUAUUCCUCCCUACGGAGCCCGGCCCAUCGCCAUCCGGCCAUGUUUGCAACCCCAGCCACACUGCCGCCACCACCGACCUUACCGACCAACAGUUUAGUGGUGCCUGGGCACCCCGCCGGCACCCCCUACCCAGAGCAUGACCUCCUGAGGCAGGAGCUGAACAACCGCUUCCUGGUUCAGAGUUCAGAGCGGGGCCGGGGGCCGUCCGCCUCACCGCUGGCCCCCGUGUCGCUCCUGAGGGCCGAGUUUCACCAACACCAGCACAUGCACCAGCACCAACACACCCACCAGCACACCUUCACGCCCUUUCCCGCCAGUCUGCCCCCGGCCGCCAUCCUCACCCCGCCCACCGCACCCCCCAUGGUGCGUACCCAAGCCAGAAAUUUCGACAAAUACACCCCCAAACUGGACAAUCCAUUCAUCAGACAUUCAAAUUUCUUCCCCUCCUAUCCCCCCACCAUGCCAGGCAUGCCCCCGCUGCUCCCACACUCAGGACCCUUCAGCUCGCUGCAAGGAGCCUUCCAGCCCAAGGCAUCUAAUCCCAUCGAUGUAGCGGCACGUCCUGGAGCAGUACCUCACACACUCCUACAGAAGGAUCCACGGAUAACAGAUCCAUUCAGGACAUCUGUUAGGAAACCUGGCAAGUGGUGCGCAGUGCAUGUCCAGAUCGCAUGGCAGAUCUACCACCACCAGCAGAAAAUGAAGCAAAUGCAGCUGGAUCCUCACAAACUAGACAUGAAUGGGAAGCUGGACCUGUUCAGUCGACCCCCAGCUCCAGGAGUCUUCCCUGGGUUCCCGUACCCCCAUGACCUGGCACGACCCCUCUUCUCUUCCACAGGCUCUGGCCACCCAGCUCCCUCUCCAUACGGCCCCGCCCCCCACCCCAGCGGCUUCCUGCCUCCGAGCCAUUUGGCAGGUAAGUAUCCUUUCAGUCGCUCCAGUUCCUUUGGCGGCCUCGGCAACCUUUCAAGCAGUGCCUUCGGAGGAUUAGGCAACCCCUCGCUUGGGUCCAACAAUAUGUUUGGCACCAAGGAGGGGCCAGGAGGACUGCCCACGUUUGGCAGCCCCCACCACGACACCUGGAACAGACUUCGACGCACCCCGCCGUCUUUCCCCACUCCGCCACAGUGGCCGAAAACCGCAGACGCAGAGAGGAGCAGCUCAGCCAACAGCCAUGAGAGAGAGAGAGAAAGAGAACGGGAAAGAGAGAAAAGAGACCCGUCUAUCGGUAAAGAGGAGAAGGAUAAAGACAGGGAUUCUGUGGAUCGCAACCGCCACUCCAACCGUUCAUCUCCAGCUUCUGCACCAGUCAGCUACCAGAUCAGCAGCCUGAUUCGCUCGAACAGCCAGAACUCCAGUGAUUCGGGUCGACAUCACACUGGCAGUGUAGACCGGGUCCGUGAGGCAGAGAAGGAGCUGCUGGAGCGCCACAGAGAGUCUUCCACGCUGGCUGACGUGAAGGUGAAGGAGAGCCGCUCGCCUGGCAAGGAGAUGCUCGAGAGGAGAUCCUCAGAAGACUCUAUCAAACCCGCUCAACGUUCUCCUUCUCCAUACUCCAAGGCAGUGAUCAAUGAGCAGGGCAUGAAGAUGGCAGGUGGUCCCCCACCUACACUCAAGGACAGCGAGAGGAAAGAGCCCCCACCUGCUGAGCUCCUCCACAAGGUUAAAAAUGACAUGAAGAUUAAGGAGGAGAGGAAGGAGGAGCAGGAGGUCAUGGUGGUGAGUUCCGAGCCUGCCCCCCAACCGCCAGGCCAAGCUCUUCCUGCUCACAUCAGCCAACCUGCAAACCCGCACCACCACCACCCACCUUUGUCCCAGCAGCCCCCUCUUCCCUCACCACGUGGCAGUGACAUCCCAGCACCUGGCAUGCAUGGUGUCCCCAUGGCACACUCUCUGCCCAUUUCCAUGAGUGCCAUGCCCCAGAUGGGCAGCCUCAAUGUGCUAGACCGUGCUCGCAUGGCUCCUUUCAUGGGAGUGAGCCCCCUGGCAGGAAGAGAGCGCCUGCCCCACCCUGCCUUCCCUUGGGACCCACUUAGAGAGGCCUAUCGCAGCCUGGACCUGCAGCGGCGCAUGGACUUCCAGCUCAGGGCCGAACAAGGACAUCGCUUCCCCAGUGUGUACGAGCAGGAACGAGCCUACCGCGAGAGGGAGGCUCAUGACUACUCUCACCACGAGCACCUGUUGGAGGUGCGCAGGGAGCAUGAGAGGAUGAGACAGCAGGCAGAGGAGCGAGAGCGCCUCCACCUGAGGGAGGAGCUGGACAGAGCACGCCUCCAUCAGCUGCACCAGUCCCCCAUGGAGGGCCAUCUACCCCACAUGCCCCCCUUUAUGCCCCACCUAGGUGGCAUGCCCUACCCUAGACUCAGCCCCUCCACAGGUCACAAUGGCCCUUUGAACAGAACACCCCCCACUGCUGCACUCAGUGCGCCCCCGCCCCUCGUGCCAGCCGGCAGUGCCAGGCCAGCCUCGCCCAGGAGGACUACCCCCCUCACCACCACCCAGGACCCACGGGACUACUCCCCAUCUCGCAACCCCAAAGAGGUAGAGGCUCGGUAGCUUCUUAGAAAAGUGCACAAAGUCUUACUAGACACACUCACAAGUCUCACUCCCCUAAUCUGAAAUCUUCUUGUGAACAAAAUGCACUGCUCUUCACCCGAGAAGAGCAAAACUUCCUAAGGGAAAGGGUAUGAUUGUACAAAGUAAAGGUGUGUAAGGCUGAUUAAGCACAUGCCAUGACUUUAUUUUUAGUGGACUGGAGGUUGAAUAAUGUCGGUAAAGAGAACACAAAUAUGUGUAUGUUUAUAUCCGACUUAAAUAUUUGAUAAUUAUUAAUAUAUUAAUCCAAUACCUUUUUUCAGCUUUGUGCGAAAAGAGAGGUCCUGAAAUGAGUUUGUACAUUUCCUAUCCUUGUUCCAUGUAUAGAUAUCAUUUCUAUGAAUUUUAUGUAUUUUGUGCAUUAGUCACGGCUUUUACAAUAUUUAUCCCAGUUGAUUGUGAGACAUAUCCAUUAUGACACACUGUAAAGACUGGAUUUUGGUUUCAACCUUCAGUAAUUUAACCUCAUGGUACCAGGAUAUCCUCAAUGAUGACAAUGUACAAUGUUACAUUACCAAUUUUUUUUGUUAAUUUGUUUUGCCUUUGAGAUAUGCAGAUAAAUAUAUAUUAUGAGGUCUUUGUUCAGUCUCUGUAAAGAAAACUGAUGUAAAUAUCUUGUUGAUAUUCCUUCGCUGCAAAAUUACUGUGUAAAUUUAUUAGUCUUUUUAACCAUUUCUAGAAAAACAAAAUUAAAUGAAACAUGGGGAGUCACUUCCCUGUUGAAUAUCAUGGCAACAGAAAAGCCUGGCCAAUUGACGGGAAGUAUGACGGGAGGGUGUUGUAAGGAGGCCUAGAAGGAUCAUCUGCAAUCUAUGCAAAGCAGCACACAGCACCCUAAUGAAGAGAUCACGUGGAGGGAGCAGACGAUACUGGUGAAACGGAGAGAAACUUGGAUUAACACAUGUUUAUAUUGUCAAUGAAAUAAUGAUGGAAUUAUUAAAAGACUUCCAAGUCACAAACUGGACCAGCCCCAGACAGACAAGAAGGACACUUUUUAGUGGGCAGCAAAAGGACUUUCUCUGUCAACCUUGUGGUGUUGUGCAGUUGUUUUUCUUAGACUCUUGUAUACAAAACAAGUAGAGUUUUAGGCGUGCAAAAAAAUGAAAAUGAACAUUCAUGGUUUAAAAUGUACGGAAUAAAGUUUGGACCUAAUGUCA